GACAGGACUAGGCAUUUCUGGAACCUUUAUCACCACCACUUAUAUUGUACUUUUCUCAUCCAAAUCCACUCGAGAAAUUGCCCGUACAUUCUUUCCUGUUGACUCGAUUUCCUUUCCUUUUUCUUUUCCCCCUUUUUCUGGUGUUGAAUCGUCAGUAUAAGCUUAGAAUUUCCUAGAAUUUAUGAAAGCCAGUGAAUUAACAGCCAUUAGAUUAUCUAAAUAAGGCACAACCAUAUGACUCAUCGAUUACUAUCUAUAGAAACUAGAAAAAUCAUCCAAUGAAUUUUCUGUGGAAGAGGUUUGCUAAUUUUAGGUUUUAAUUUGGUAAGAAAUCUGGUGUUCUCUUCAUGAGAAAUUUUGUUUCUAGCUUCUGUAAAACAAUAAAUAAAGAUUGUCUCUGAGCCCGGCAUUUUGGCAAGGUCGGAAGUUCCUUGGUCCCUUCGUUCUGCCCUUUUCCCUCUCCGUUUUUUCCUGGAAAUCAUCUGGUGAUCCUCCUUGUCCCCAGAUGAAGGAGAGACAUCAGAAUGGAGCCAGGACAGCGGUUUAUGUUCCAAUCCAAUAGAUCGUCAUCCUGUAAUCGGUUUCAUCUUCCGAUUGGGUCUUAGAUUGGGAGGGAGGAGGGAGAGAGAGGAUGGAGAAGAAGGGCGUGACAUUGAUGCACCGGUACGAGGUCGGGCGGCUGCUAGGCCAGGGCACGUUCGCGAAGGUCUACCACGGGCGGAACCUGAAGACCGGCCAGAACGUGGCGAUCAAGAUCAUCGACAAGGAGAAGGUGCUGAGAGUCGGCCUGAUCGACCAGAUCAAGCGUGAGAUCUCCGUGAUGCGCCUCGUGCGGCACCCCAACAUCGUGCAGCUCUACGAGGUCAUGGCGAGCAAGACCAAGAUCUACUUUGCGAUGGAGUACGUCAAAGGCGGCGAGCUGUUCAACAAGGUGGCCAAGGGUAAGCUCAAGGAGGACAUGGCCCGGAAAUACUUCCAGCAAUUGAUCGAGGCAGUCGACUUUUGCCACAGCCGAGGGGUGUACCACCGUGACAUCAAGCCCGAGAACCUCCUCCUUGACGAGAAUGGCAACCUGAAGGUGUCCGACUUCGGGCUGAGCGCACCGUGCGAGUCCCAGAGGCAGGACGGGCUGCUCCACACGACGUGCGGGACCCCGGCGUACGUGGCCCCGGAGGUCAUCAACAAGAAGGGCUACGUCGGGGCCAAGGCAGACAUCUGGUCGUGCGGCGUCGUGUUGUUCGUCCUCAUGGCGGGGUAUCUUCCGUUCCACGAUGCCAACCUCAUGGAGAUGUAUAGGAAGAUCUCCAAGGGGGACUUCAAGUGCCCGCAAUGGUUCCCUCAUGAAGUCAGGAAGCUGCUCUCGAAAAUCCUUGACCCCAAUCCCAACUCAAGGAUCGGGAUAGACAAAAUCAUGGACAACAAUUGGUUCAAGAAAGGGUUCAAGCGGUUCGAGCCCCCGCCGAUUUCUCGGAUCAAUAGCAGCGUGACAAUGAAGGACAUCCAGGCUGCAUUCGAGCCAUCGGAAGUGUAUCCCGAAGCGGAAGCAGCAUCAGCGGCAGCAGCAAAACCGCCAAUAAGCCCGCUCAAGCCAGCCAGCUUCAACGCGUUCGACAUCAUAUCCCUCUCGAAAGGAUUCGACCUGUCCAACCUAUUCGAGAAUCACGCGAACCAGAGGCCCCAGGCGCGGUUCACAAGCACGAAGCCCGUGGCGGCGAUCAUGUCCAAGUUCGAGGAGCUGGCAUCCACAGAGCAAUUCAAGGUCGAGACGAACAACGGGGUGGUGAAGCUGCAGGGGAACAAGGAAGGGAGGAAAGGGCAGCUCGCCAUAGAUGCAGAGUUCUUUGAGGUCACUCCAAGCUUUUCGUUUGUGGAAGUCAAGAAGGCAGCAGGGGACACACUGGAGUACCAGGAGUUUUGCGACCAUGACUUGAAGCCUUCAUUGAAGGAUGUUGUGUGGGUUUGGCAUGGAAAUAUGCAACAACAGUCUCAAACUGCUUAGGUUUUGAAUUUUGUUUGCUUUUUCUUCUUCCCUCUUUUCUGGGUUUUUGCUUGGGCGAAAGGAUUUCUUGAGAACGUGCUGCUACUCCGUUGAGCAAAUUAGUUGCUGCAACAGGAAAAUUGACAAGUUGUAUCUAUCUCUUGCUACCUUAUGUGUAUAUUUUUAUCACAAAUGGACAAUACCUUAAGUUUAUGAUACUUAAGAUUA